CAGAGGGCCAUUGGUCACAAAUAUCUCUCUGGAUAAGCUACUGGGAAGAGGAAAAAACACAUCCUCUGAAUUAUUAAAGACUAAGCCCUACUUAUCACACAAUGCACUGCCUGAAAAGUCUGAGGACAGCUAACCCGGGAAUCUUGCAGCUAUUUAAAAAUGCAGGGAUCUCCAGCAGAGGUGGAGCUGACAACAUUGUUUUGUCCCGGACCCAGCAACCUGUGCCUCUCCCCUGCUGGACUGCAGCAUCACACCACACCCACAGAGCCUUCCACCAGAAGGGCCCUGAUGCGGACCCAGGACACCCCAAAAGUAGGUUCAUGUCCAGUAUGGAGGACCUGCUUUUCUACACCAUCACUGAAGGCAAGGAGACAAUCCCGCUGCCCCAGUUCAUUUCUGCUUUAAGAAAAACAGGUUUGUUAACCUCUGACCCUCGCCUACGUGACUGUGUCCGUCAAAUGCGACAUUCCUCACGUGACUCUGUCGGGCCAGUCAUGAUGGACAAGAAGCUCUUCAGAAGGUGUGCGGGAAACAACAUCAUGCUGCUGACAAAGGCUUUUAGAAAGAAAUUCAUCAUACCAAACUUUGAUGAGCUGACCCAGCAGAUCGACAGGAUGUAUGACAGUGCACAACAGCAGGAGGCAGGACAGGUAGCUGAUUACAUUCCUCAGCUGGCUAAGUUCAGUCCCGAUCUCUGGGGCGUAUCUCUGUGCACAAUCGAUGGACAGAGACACUCAGUGGGUGACACCAAGGUUCCCUUUUGUCUACAGUCGUGUGUGAAGCCUCUGGAGUAUGCCAUCGCCGUGCACGAGUUCGGCACCGAGCAUGUUCACCGCUUUGUGGGCAAAGAGCCGAGUGGAUUCAAGUUCAACAAACUGUCACUAAAUGACGAAGAUAAACCACACAACCCGAUGGUGAACGCCGGAGCUAUCGUCAUCAGUUCUUUACUUAAGCCUCAUUCAAAUAAGGCAGAGAGGUUCGACUAUGUGAUGGACUUCUUGAAAAGCUUGGCUGGUACAGAGUAUGUGGGCUUCAGCAAUGCAACUUUCCAGUCAGAGAGGGAGACCGGUGAUAGGAAUUAUGCAAUUGGUUACUACCUCAAGGAGAAAAGAUGCUUUCCUGAAAAUGCAGACAUGAUGGCUGCACUUGACUUCUACUUUCAGUUGUGCUCUAUUGAGGUGAACUGUGAUUCAGGAAGUGUUAUGGCGGCCACACUGGCCAACGGGGGUAUUUGUCCAAUCACAGGCGAGCGUGUGCUGAGCGCUGAAGCCGUUCGCAACACCCUGAGCCUCAUGCAUUCCUGCGGCAUGUACGACUACUCCGGACAGUUUGCCUUCCAUGUGGGCUUGCCUGCUAAAUCUGGCAUUUCAGGUGCUGUUCUGCUGGUUGUCCCCAACGUCAUGGGUAUGAUGUGUUGGUCUCCACCUUUGGAUCGGCUGGGAAACAGUGUUCGUGGCAUUCACUUCUGUCAGGAUCUGUUGUCUCAUUUCAACUUCCACAAUUACGACAACCUGAGACACUUCACCAAGAAACACGACCCCCGGAGAAGAUCAGAUGAAGAUCCAAACAAGUCGGUGGUAAACCUGUUGUUUGCAGCCUACAGUGGAGACCUCACGGCUCUCAGGAGGUUUGCCCUUUCAGCUUUGAACAUGGAGCAGAGAGACUACGACUCUCGCACAGCGCUCCACGUUGCUGCUGCAGAAGGUCAUGUGGAAGCAGUUGUCUUCCUAACUGAAGUAUGUAAAGUGAAUCCUCACAUGAAAGACAGAUGGGGGAACACGGCGAUAGAUGACGCCAUGCAGUUUGGCCACGAUGUCGUUGUUUCAGUCCUGCAGGAGUACCAGCGUGGGUACACUGACAGCGACGUCGACGCACCCUGUGACACAGAGGAGCAGAAGAUCACGCCGGAUAUGUUGAAGGGCAUCGUCUAACCUGGUGGUUUCACAUCCAGGGGUCAGGCCUCCCUUUGGGGGCGUCAAAGAUCACAGGGGUGGGCCAUGUUGUCCGUUCUAAGUCCAACUCGAUUUGCACAUGUACAAUCAUAAUAACACACUUACUGGAUCAUUUAUAUGAAAGUGUGUAAUGUAUAUACAAAUAUUUAACGAUUUUGUCCCCUAAAGAAUAGUAGGCUUCGUAGUAGGCCGCAACUUUGUGGAGAGCGCUCUAAACCAUUUUCAUCAGGUUAUCAGCUAGUUAGCAAUUUACCUUUUUUUUUUUUUAUGCGAUCAGAGAAUGACUAUUUUAGAAUUCAUCCAACAUUUCGGAGAAUAAAAAGUGCUGAUAAAUCAGUAUAGAAAAUAAAGAAUAAGGCUAUAUCUUUCAUAUCCACUUCGAGCGAUAGAAUUACUAACAAAGAACUGCUAACAGAGCACUUAUAUACUAAUAAAGGACUGGCUUAUCUAAAGCCAGUUGAGUAGCACUUGAAAUGUUUGGCUCUAUGAAACCUGAUGUACUUAUAUGAUUCUGUUUUCUUCAAGGUUGUAUCUUCCUGGUCGAAUGUACUUAUUGUAAGUCGCUUUGGAUAAAAGCGUCAGCUAAAUGCAAUGUAAUGUAAUAAUGUAUCAAGAGUGACCUUAUUUUUGCUGGCUGGAAUGAUCUAUAGCGAAAAGCUAGCACACAGCAGCAACACAAUUAAACACAGAUCAAUAAAACACCAAGAGGCUAGUGAUAAAAGGUUUUUAAAAAGUGAAACGAUAAAGUGAAAAGAAAAGCAUUGGCGCUAGAAAUAAGAAACACAUAUGAAAGAGCAGACAAAGGGGGAUGAUGUCAUAAAGUCUAAAAAAUAACGGGGGGGGGGGUGUUUGAGAAGGGAAAGGAAUCUGAUGGUCUAAUCUCUAAUCCACAAGGGAUCAUAAGGGUUUAGGUAUGGAAAUGAAUUAAUGUUAUUAUGAGAGGACUGAAUCAUUGAGAGACGUGAUGAAUGAGUAUCUUAAACACAGGGACGCGGGAAGGGGGUGCUGAGGGGGCUGCAGCACCCCCAUCUGUUGGCAGAGAGUUGUAACUGCAACGGCCAAAAAGUUCACUAAACAAAUCAAUAAAAAAGUUUUAUUUUGAGUUAGCAUUUUAGUUUAAGCAGUCUAUAAAACAUGGUUGUUUUUUAAAUGGUUGACAUAUAGAAAAUAUCAUUAAUAAGUAGCAGACUAUUACUGGUCAAUUCAACCUCCUCAACUGUGAUUUUUCACGGCCAGCGUUUUUUGUUAUGAUAUUUUCUGUGUACGUACACAAGAUGCCUGACCCAGCUGGCAGCCGGGUAAGCAAGACACCAUACCGAUUCCGCAGCACAACAGAGGCUGAAGAUGUUCUACUAACAAAAGGAGUGGCAUCAUGGAGGAGAGAGUUUUUCGAGGCUCUUGAUCUUGUGCAGAGUGAAAUCAAGCGCAGUUUUGACCAGAGUGGCAUGGAAACUGCCUCACGCAGGGAGGACACAUUGCUUGCUGCUGCUAAGGGGUCAGUUGGCACAGAGGAAGACCUGAGAUCUCUCCAGCUGCCAGGAAACAUAGAUGUCUCUGGUCUUCACAUGCAAAUGAGGAUGCUGGGAGACCUUACGAAGGAUGAGGACUUUUGCACUGUUCACGAACUGGCUGUGUAUAUGUCCAGCCUGCAAACAAGAGGACUCAUCAAAUACGUGGAAAAUCUCCUCCAGCUGUGUCUUUCCAUGCCCAUCUCCGUGGCCUCGUCAGAGAUCCUUCUCGGCGCUCCGUCGCCUGAAAACCUGGCUGCGUAACAGUUACCCAGAAGAGACUCACUCACCUGGCCUAGCUGCAUGUACAGCAGGAGAUUCUGGACUCACUGGACAUUCAUGUUCUCAUGAGGGAGUUUAUUUCCACCAUUCCUGAGCGCAAGAACAGUGUGUGUGUGUGUGUGUGUGUGUGUGUGUGUUUGUGAAGCCAAAUUCCCAAAAAUGUGCAAUUGUGUAAAAUGUGUAAAUAAUCACUGUUAGAAACCUAUGAUUAUUCAUUUAGGCCUAUUCCGUUUUAAUCUGUGUAAUCUCUGCAUCUGUUAUUGUUAUGCGCUAUAAAGUUGUUAUUGCUACCCGGCUGCGUCUCAAUCAACAAUAACUCGUCUUCUGAUUAGAAAGAAACCUGCUGCAUUUCGUCUGUGGACUGUCCACAUGUUGGUGUUCAAGUUUGCUGUCUGUUGUAGUGUAAAUGUGCAUGCAUUUAAUAUGAUGUUUCAGUGUAAGCGCGCCACAGUUUCGCCACUGCGAGGCUCCACUAUCGCGUUACUGUAAAUAUGCAUCAUCCUGCUGUAAAUAAAAGAAAUGUAAAAGCAGUUUCUGUGAAGUUAUUUUAUUAAACGGUGUACAGUAUGAACAUGAGACUGAAAAAGGUUUUGUGACAAUUACAGCUUUGUAACUGUGACGGUAAUACCAGGGUAAAGAAAACAAAA